CCCGCGACAACGACUCAACAAUACCAUUCAGUCACAACAGUCCUUGUUCCCCCGGUGGCCUUUUGCUAGAUAGUGAUUGCGUGACUUGGGCCACCAAAGCCAGCGGCGUUUGUUCUAACGAAGAACGGAGUAGCUAUUCUAACUGACAAUGAACAGAUUAAGAUCUUGCAUGGAGCAAGGCUUGAAGGCGUUUGCUGCUCCAAAGAAAGCUUCGGCGUCAUGAUUCUAAAUAAGUAGUGCAUCUCAUCCGCAAUUGAGUAAACACCACCAUCCAGUACAAGCACACGCGACUGCGCAUUGAUACCCAAUAACAGUUUGAUCCUAGCACUGCAUCAGACCCAACGACAUCUUGAAACCAAAUAACACCAAAAACAUCUCGUAAAAAAACAUACACCAUGGAAAACGAGGAGAAUCAGACCUUCUCCAACGAGCAGCAAGUCAAGCCCACGCCCAGCUUCCUCCAAAGAGCAAUGACGCUGACAGACCUCCCGCAGACUCCCCAAGACUUGCCCGCCAUGCAGACCUGGUUCUUCACCCGCUGCCAGACCCACGACCAAGCCUUCAACCUCCUCCGCAUCUAUCAGACCCUCCUCAUCUACCUCGACUUCACCUCGCGCGAGAUCGAGGGCUGGCUGGCGCAGGGCCAUCUCGGCCGCAACAUCGUGAUGCACUUUGAGAACAACCUGGACAAGGUACCCGAGACCCGGAUGACGUGGUUGAUGGCGCACAUAUGGAUCUUUGGCCUCGAGCCUGGUGCCACCCUCCGGGGAGAUGUGCCCGUUUUCAAGUUCUUGGACGAGGAUAGGGAGUUUCUGGGGCAGUUUGACACCCCUGCGGAGUGGGCUGGGAUGCUUACCCUUGAGAUUGAGUCUGCGAUGGAGUGGGAGCUCGAGAUUGCUAGGUCGUUAGCGCGUGUACGGGCUGCGACGGAGCCGAAGGGCUUUUUGGAGAAGUGGUUGUUGGGUCCGGGGGAGGAGGAGCCGUCUUUGACGUGUGAGCGGCGUCUUGAGCCUGAUAAUUGGAGGGAGUUGUACUCGAGCUGGAAAUGGCGGCAGAAGAUUGCGGAGAUGUGGUAUCAGUCGCCGCGGAUGGAUUGGAUGAAGAGAUGAAAAUGGUAGAGCAAGGCUAGAUGUUUUAAUUCGAUUCUAUAGGCCUGCUUGACAAAUUGAUAGCGCGAUGACUCCACCAAUACGCCUCUACUUAUAGCUACGCUCCGCUUGUUGCCCAACAUCGCGGAGCGGAAAUGAUCCUGGAUGCAGAGCAGGCGGAUAUGAGCGGUUUAAUCCUAACCGUGGUAUGAGGAUUGCGCUCUUGUAGUGACGGUGUAUUGAGUGGUUGUUUGGCACCGAGAUCGGUCGCCCGCAAGAGAGUGUUUGAUGGAGGGGCAAGGAGGGGCGUCGAGCACAGUGCGUAGGACGUGGCGGGGGUCGAUGCUGUGGGCGAGUGAGGCUGACGCCGAACCUCGCGAGGCGCUUAAAUUCAUUUGAUGAUGUUGACUCAAAUAGCUCGUAAAAUUUACGAGCUUUGUUCCGAAACUUGUGGUAUCUAGAUGACUUGACGACUAAGUUGAUGGGGAGAGG